UUCGGCCACGAGAGCUCUCUCCGCGAGGGCGGUGUUAUUUCCCUCAAAACGAGCAUAAAAAGUAUUUAGCUCAUCCGGGAGAGAGGCAGCGGUGUUCACGGUGGAGUUUUUAUUCCCUUUAAAGUCCGUGAUGAUAUUAAUUCCCUGCCACAUGCUUCUAGAGUUGGUGGUGUUGAACUGUCCUUCAAUCUUGUUCCUGUACUGACGUUUUGCUGCUCUGAUAGUUUUUCGGAGGGAAUAACUGGCUUGUUUAUGCUCCUCCGCUUUCCCGGAAUUACUGUUCUCAAGCACUGCAGUUGAGAGAGUUGAUUCCAGGAUGCAUCACGCGAGUGUUCGAGACUGCAAAGCCUCCCCGCGAUACUGACACAGGGAUAGGACAGGCUUUCUAGUGAUGGGUCAUUCUUGAACGAAUCUUUUAUGUGACUCAGAAGAACGAGUAGUCUCAGAGAGUGAUUUGUUCAUUUUGUGUUGUCCGUGCAUGUGCAUUGCGCAACCUCCGUUUGUUUGUUACGUGACUGCAUAGGUGCUGUACAGGAUACAGAAAUUAUUAGUUCACCUCUCGAGUCUUUUGGUCCGAGUCGUUCAUCCUUUUGUCACGAGACAGCCUUAUAUGCUAUGCAUUGCUCACACAAGAAACAGAAAUUAUUAGUUCACCUCGAGUCAUCUGGUCCGAGUCGUUCAUUCUUUUGUCACGUGACAGCCGUAUACGCUAUGCACAUACGGCUGUCACGUGACAAAAGAAAGAAUGACUCUGACUAGAAGAUUCCAGAGGUGAACUAAUCGUUUCGGUUUCUCAUAAUUUGUCAUUGGCUGCAUUAUAAUUUUUUCCUUGUUGGGACUAUAAUCAAAGUUUGCGUAAGUAGACGUGUUGGGGGGGGGGGGAUUUGGCUAUUGAAAAUGUAACCUUUAAAUGUUAUUCUGCUUAAAUGAAUGAAAUGACUUGAAUAAAGAUUUGUUCAUUUUGCUGAACGAGACUCAAAGAUUCAAGUCAGUAAAAUAAUCCGAUCUUCCCAUCACUAAGGCUUUCAAUCAAUGUCAGAACAUUUUAAAUGUUUGCACAAUGCGCAUUUAUUAAUGUGAGUGUUUCGAGAUAUGCAGUGAGGUUGAUUGUCCCAGACCCAAAUGCUAUCGAUCCAUCCAUCCUUAAACCUCCUAUGGUAUUUGGCCAUUUUUUUACAGAAAUACAUUUUUUACAUUUAAUAAAAAUGGUUUCCUUUAUCUGAGCAGUACAAGACUUGGUGACUUUUCCUCCAUUUUUCAUCUGAACAAAAAAAUUGGGCUCAAUUCUAUAAGUCUAAAUGGUCGAUAUAAAAAAAAUAAAAAAAACGUCUUUGGUAUUCAGUCAAAACUGACUGACCAUUGAAAAUGAAUGGGAAAGACCAAAAAAAAAAAGAGCAGUUUUUUUUUGCAAUUGGUCAAAUACAAUCAAUAUACUAGCCACAAUGCAGAAAAAACCAGACAGAAAUUACAGGAUGAGACUAAAAUGUCCUCAGUGCAAAAUACACACACACAAGAAUUAACUGGUGAGACUUUAACACAAUGCUUUUUUUGUUGUAUUUGUUAAAUAAAACCAAUAAAUCCAACACAAAGCUAAACAUACACACUCAGACACACAACACACAUAGAACCAGGGCAUCAAUAAGUGGAGCUACAAGUCAUCUGUUGUUUUCCAUUUGAAUGCAGCAAUCUGACACACACAUUUGAAAAAUAAAUGUUUACUUUAGAAAGUUUGAAAUUGCAAAAUGUUUACUCUGAUUAUCCUGUUUUACACUCUUAAUGCUGAAUUUUUUUUAAUUUUGCAGUUCAUUACUGUUUCUUGAUGUUCAUUUUCUUGACAUUAUUAUGCAUUUACUUUUUAAGCAUUUACAUUGAGUUAUUACAUUUUUAUGUUUGAAAUAAAUUAUUUGUAGAAAAAAGUUUAUUCUGUGUCUUCUCUUUGUAACACCAUGGUCAGGUUAGAUGACAUGAACAACAUAAUUACACUUCAAAUCAAUUUUAAAAGGCUAACCUUUGACAAAUAAUCAGCUGGUUGUUACUGGCAGGACAAGUCAUGUUAUUUAUAUAUUGUUCACCAGAUGGCAGCAAUAUGUCUCCAAUUUAUGGCACAUUCUCAUAUUUUCUUCAUAUUUUAACUUAUAGAAGUGCUCUUAAUUUUAUUUUUAAUUUUAACUUUUUUAAUUUUAAUUUAAACUUAACAUUUAGAAAUGUACAUGUACAGUUGUGCUCAAAAGUUUGCAUACCCUGGCAGAAAUUGUGAAAUUUUGACAUUGAUUUUGAAAAUAUGACUGAUCAUGCAAAAAAACUGUCUUUUAUUUAAGGAUAGUGAUCAUAGGAAACCAUUUAUUGUCACAUAGUUGUUUGAUCCUUUUUAAAUCAUAAUAAUAACAGAAAUCACCCAAAUGGCCCUGAUCAAAAGUUUACAUACCCUUGAAUGUUUGGCCUUGUUACAGACACACAAGGUGACACACACAGGUUUAAAUGGCAAUUAAAGGUUAAUUUCCCACACCUGUGGCUUUUAAAACUGCAGUUAGUGUCUGUGUAUAAAUAGUCAAUGAGUUUGUUAGCUCUCAUGUGGAUGCACUGAGCAGGCUAGAUACUGAGCCACGGGGAGCAGGAAAGAACUGUCAAAAGACCUGCGUAACAAGGUAAUGGAACUUUAUAAAGAUGGAAAAGGAUAUAAAAAGAUAUCCAAAGCCUUGAAAAUGCCAGUCAGUACUGUUCAAUCACUUAUUAAGAAGUGGAAAAUUCAGGGAUCUCUUGAUACCAAGCCAAAGUCAGGUAGACCAAGAAAGAUUUCAGCCACAACUGCCAGAAGAAUUGUUCAGGAUACAAAGAAAAACCCACAGGUAACCUCAGGAAAAAUACAGGCUGCUCUGGAAAAAGACGGUGUGGUUGUUUCAAGGAGCACAAUACGACGAUACUUGAACAAAAAUGAGCUGCAUGGUCGAGUUGCCAGAAAGAAGCCUUUACUGUGCCAAUGCCACAAAAAAGCCCGGUUACAAUAUGCCCGACAACACCUUGGCACGCCUCACAGCUUCUGGCACACUGUAAUUUGGAGUGACGAGACCAAAAUAGAGCUUUAUGGUCACAACCGUAAGCGCUAUGUUUGGAGAGGGGUCAACAUUGCCUAUAAUGAAAAGAAUACUAUCCCCACUGUGAAGCAUGGUGGUGGCUCACUGAUGUUUUGGGGGUGUGUGAGCUCUAAAGGCAUGGGGAAUCUUGUGAAAAUUGAUGGCAAGAUGAAUGCAGCAUGUUAUCAGAAAAUACUGGCAGACAAUUUGCAUUCUUCUGCAUGAAAGCUGCGCAUGGGACGCUCUUGGAUUUUCCAGCAUGACAGUGACCCUAAGCACAAGGCCAAGUUGACCCUCAAGUGGUUACAGCAGAAAAAGGUGAAGGUUCUGGAGUGGCCAUCACAGUCUCCUGACCUUAAUAUCAUCGAGCCGCUCUGGGGAGAUCUCAAACUGUUCAUGCAAGAUGACCAAAGACUUUGCAUGACUUGGAGGCAUUUUGCCAAGAUGAAUGGGCAGCUAUACCACCUGCAAGAAUUUGGGGCCUCAUAGACAACUAUUACAAAAGACUGCAUGCUGUCAUUGAUGCUAAAGGGGGCAAUACACAGUAUUAAGAAGUACGGGUAUUCAGACUUUUGAACAGGGGUCAUUUAAUUUUUUUCUUUGUUGCCAUGUUUUGUUUUAUGAUUGUGCCAUUCUGUUAUAACCUACAGUUGAAUAUGAAUCCCAGAAGAAAUAAAAGAAAUGUGUUUUGCCUGCUCACUCAUGUUUUCUUUAAAAAUGUACAUAUAUUACCAAUUCUCCAAGGGUAUGCAAACUUUUGAGCACAACUGUAAAUAAGAUCAAAAUAGCAUAAAAUCCCAGAAGAAAUGCAUAAUUUUAUUGUUCAUACUUCAGGGAAGAAACAAAUGGUAUCAUCAUCAUCAUAAAAAAAUGGGUUACACAUCUAAACCUUCUGGUCAAAAAUGAAUGCGAAUACCAAAGGAAGGUGCCAUUUUAUAAUACUAUAGGAGGGUAUAAAGUUCUUAGUACACGGUGGAAAGGACGACGCGGGAGUCGGUGUUGCAGUCCAUAGCUGAUGGAAGUGAAAGAGAAAUGUCAAGAACUGAAUAAAGUGGAGAAACUUCAGUGUCAGAAACAUCAUGCUUUCUCAACUGGAGAAAAAUCUUUGUGUUGCUCAAAGACUAAGAAGUAUUUGUCACCAGAAAAGCAUAAAAGAAGAGCAGCCAAAAAUACUUUCACCUGCUCACAGUGUGGAAAGUGUUUCACAAAUAAAAGCCGGCUUAAUACACACAUGAAAGUUCAUACUGGAGAGAAACCUUACAAGUGCUCACACUGUGAAAAGAGUUUCACUCAGUCACAAAACCUGAAAACACACGAGAGAAUUCAUACUGGAGAAAAACCAUACAAGUGCUCACACUGUGAAAAGAGUUUCACUCAGUCACAACACCUGAAAACACAUGAGAGAAUCCAUACUGGAGAAAAACCAUACAAGUGCUCACAUUGUGAAAAGAGUUUCACUCUGUCACAACGACUGAAAACACAUGAGAGAAUCCAUACUGGAGAAAAACCAUACAAGUGCUCACACUGUGAAAAGAGUUUCACUCGGUCACAACAACUGAAAAAACACGAGAGAAUAUAUACUGGAGAGAAACCUUACAAGUGCUCACACUGUGAAAAGAGUUUCACUCAGUCACAUAACCUGAAAACACAUGAGAGAAUCCAUACUGGAGAAAAACCAUACAAGUGCUCACACUGUGAAAAGAGUUUCACUCAGUCACAAAACCUGGAAGCACAUGAGAGAAUCCAUACUGGAGAAAAACCUUACAAGUGCUCACACUGUGAAAAGAGUUUCACUCAGUCACAAAACCUGGAAACACACAGGAGAAUUCAUACUGGAGAAAAACCAUACAAGUGCUCACACUGUGAAAAGAGUUUCACUCAGUCAGAAGACAUGAAAACACACGAGAGAAUCCAUACUGGAGAAAAACCUUACAAGUGCUCACACUGUGAAAAGAGUUUCACUCACGCACAUAACCUGAAAACACACGAGAGAAUCCAUACUGGAGAAAAACCUUACAAGUGCUCAUACUGUGAAAAGAGUUUCACUCAGUCACAAAACCUAAAAAAACACGAGAGAAUCCAUAUUGGAGAAAAACCUUACAAGUGCUCAUACUGUGAAAAGAGUUUCACUGAGUCGCGAAACCUGAAAACACACGAGAGAAUUCACACUGGAGAAAAACCUUACAAGUGCUCACACUGCCUGAAAACACACAAGAGAAUCCAUAUUGGAGAGAAAUCAUACAACUGCUCUUCAUGUUUUAAAAGUUUCAGGGCAGCAAGUAAUCUAGACAGAAAUGUACAAAAUAAUGCCCAAGUAGACACACUGAGCAAAAAUCAUCUUCAGGUCCAACAAGAUUAAGUAAAUAGUUGGAAAGAUGAACCCAAAGAUGACAUUUUUCCAAAUUGAGUAGCAUCCUCUAAGAAAAUUAGUUAUGUUUUGUUUGUAAAUAAACCAAUCUUUUACGUAAACUAAUCGUUCUCGUUCACUUCCAUACACUGACUUAGACUUCAUGUUCAUUGACUUCACUCCCUUUCAAAGCCAAUAAGCUCUAGUUGGUUGCGCGAGAAUGGUUUGGUGAUUUUUUCAUGCCUGUAAAGGCUGACUAUAGUGCAAGCAAAUAGGAUUCGAGUGCGGGAGCAAUUAUUGGUUUCACUGGCUGAAUGAAUACACCACUGAAUCAGUUGUGUCGGUUGUUUGAGUCAUUGAAAUACAGUAUGUAGUCUUUGUAUUGAACCAAGAGGUCAGUGUGUGACGUUUUGAUCUUCUGUUGGUCACGCGUCCUCUCGUCAUGCAGAUUCGCAGUUCAGAGUUCACCAAACUUAAACUUUCGAUACGCAGUGUAGUAUGAAAUUUCUUCACAUGAGGUUGCCAUUAUUGAUUGAGUACAUACAAAAUCAGUGUUCAAAACAAUAUCUUUGCCUUACGCCGAUUCACUAUGGUAGGCCUACAAAAAGAAUAUGUAUUUUUAGCUGUCGUGUUGGAUUUGGUGCGAAAUCGCAGGCUUAUGUCAGUCAUUCUUGCGCCUUUACGUCAUGUCUGUAAACCCAGAAAAGUACAGGUUGUUGCGUGUUCUGGCGGGGGAAGUGAUGCUGUUCAGGACAGCAUCGCAGCAGUCCGCUUGGACGUUUAUCUGUUAACUGUUUGGCAAAGUUUUUUACUUGCUAAAAUGCUUGGAUAUAUUUUCUGGUAGGUUUUUUUGAAGUUUAUAUUGCCUUUCAUGCUUUCAUGAAUGAACACAUUACUCAUGUGUUUACUGCUUCCGAUGUAUCUAUGUUUUCCAGGGAAAAUUCCUGUAAUAUGUUUACUGACAUUCAUGACUUCUGAUAAUUUAAUAAUAUUGCUGUUGUUUUGAGGAUCCUUAAGUGUGUGUGUGCACCACGGUUUUCUAAUUUCUUUUACCCCAGUCACAUAAAUGCUCAAGUUAUCACUUUCCUCUGUCGUUUUAGCAGAUAGUCUGUUAAAAAGCCACCAAAAGUAAAGUUUCUAGAUGGUAGUUCCCCAUGAAAUGUAUUAACAUCUCAAGUUGUUUAUAAUGUACCAGUUUUAUAGCACAGCAAUGUAUGAAUUGAUUUGUUUACUGUCACCUUGAAACUAUUAUACUGCACAUUUCUGCAUUUGAAUGUUUAAUAAUGCAUAUUUCAUCUCCAUCAUUAUUGAAUCCUCACUCUGUUAGUCUUCAGUUUUAUUGUGUGCAGUGCAUAGAUGUACUAUUGUAGUAUUAUGGUUUACUUCCAUUACCGUCUGAGGCUGUACAAUAUUAUGUAAAAAUAAUAAACAUUUCAACUAGAGUUGUU